AUGACGAAAGAGAUCUACACCUCAUCAUCAUCAUCAUCUGCAUCGGAAUUGUCAUCCUCAAGAGAAAUUACAAUUCCUGAAUAUGCUUUAUCAUUUCAAUUAAAACCAAAAUAUAUUUCCUCUUCAUCCUCUUCAUCCCAUUCCAAGAUGAUUAUUUAUUUGAAUGCACAGGAUGAUACAUUGUACAACUCGGAAGAGCACGGCUUGCAAAUGAUUAAAGGUUUUGGAUAUAAAAAAGCAAAAUUGAGAGUUUGGAUUAUUUCAACCAAUCAGGAAUUGAAUUAUACUCGACGAAGGAUUAUUGAGGAAGGAUGGAGAGCUGGUGUGUUGGUUUCGAGUAAGGUAACUGGAUUGUUUUCAGUGUGUGCUGAUUCAGAAACUGACUUGUUGCAAAAUCAAGUGGAAUAUGAUGGGAAAAUAGUGGAAUUGCCAAAUGUCAUCAUUAAUAGAUGUGGAGCUAAAAUUACGUAUUGUGAAAUGGCUCUUUUACGAUUUUUGGAAAGUUUCGAACAGUGUUUGGUUUUGAAUUCUUCAAAAGGAAUGGAAAUUUCAAAGGAUAAACUUGUUACAAUGCAAACUCUAGCACGAAAGAGAAUUUCCAUUCCAAAAACAAUUGCUGCAACAUUUCCACUCACUAGAUUCGAAUGGAUUGAGCAGAAACUAGGUGGCUAUCCAAAGGUUUUGAAAAAGACGAAUGGAAGUCAAGGAAAGGGAAUUAUUCUAAUUAAGGACAGAAAUCAACUUCAAGAUUUAAAUGAAAUAAUUUCAACCUCAAAUAAUUGGAUAUUGCAAGAGUUUAUUUCCAAUUCGAGUGGAAAGGAUUUACGAAUUAUUGUAAUGGGAGAUAUGGUAGUUGGCUCAAUGAUGAGAAAAUCAACGAAUGGAAAUUUCAAAGCAAAUUUUCAUCAAGGAGCUUUGUGUGAAAAAUUUCCAAUGAAUGAAGAGCUAGAAAGAUUGGCACGGUUGACCACAAAGGAAUGUCAUUUGGAUAUUUCAGGAGUUGACAUUUUACUCGAUCAUGAAAAUGUUUACAAAAUUUGUGAAAUUAAUUCAUCGCCAGGUUGUGAAGGAUUUGAACAAGCUCAUUGCGGAGAAAUUAAUAUUGGAAGGGAAACCAUUGAGUUUUGCUUGAGAGAGCACAACAAGAGAAGAUCCAACCUGUAA